UUCUACACUUCAGUGUGAAUUUUUCUUCGUACUCUGUCGAGCUCAUAACGUUCAGCUGACUAUCCUACCAGAAAAAUUAUCUGGCUCCAGUAGAAGAGAAAUAAAUCUUAUUGGGAAAUUCUGUAUAAAAGUUUGUGUGCCAACAAACUAUUUUGUGGGAGUCACGAUCGGAGUGUAAUAAAUUUGAAAUAAAAUGGCUUUAUCUGCAAAACAAGCUAACAGGGAACAUGUCCUGGCCGUUUCCAGGGAUUUCAUCUCCCAGCCACGUUUGACUUACAAGACCGUGUCUGGUGUCAACGGUCCUCUGGUCAUCUUGGACGAAGUAAAAUUCCCAAAAUUCGCCGAAAUCGUGCAAUUGCGUCUUGCUGAUGGCACAAUUCGUUCUGGGCAGGUGCUCGAAGUGAGCGGCUCCAAGGCUGUCGUUCAGGUGUUCGAGGGUACUUCAGGUAUUGAUGCUAAAAACACAAUUUGUGAGUUCACCGGUGAUAUCCUGCGAACCCCUGUGUCUGAGGAUAUGUUGGGUCGUGUGUUCAAUGGCUCCGGCAAGCCCAUCGACAAGGGUCCCCCAAUUUUGGCUGAAGAUUUCUUGGAUAUCCAAGGUCAGCCUAUCAACCCCUGGUCGCGUAUCUACCCUGAGGAAAUGAUCCAAACCGGUAUUUCGGCUAUUGACGUGAUGAACUCCAUUGCUCGUGGUCAAAAGAUUCCCAUAUUCUCGGCUGCUGGUUUGCCACAUAACGAUAUCGCCGCUCAGAUUUGUCGUCAAGCUGGUUUGGUCAAGGUUCCUGGUAAAUCUGUUUUGGAUGAUCACGAAGAUAACUUCGCCAUUGUGUUCGCUGCUAUGGGUGUAAACAUGGAAACUGCUCGUUUCUUCAAACAAGAUUUCGAGGAGAACGGUUCCAUGGAAAACGUGUGUCUGUUCUUGAACUUGGCCAACGAUCCUACCAUCGAACGUAUCAUUACUCCACGUUUGGCUUUGACUGCUGCCGAAUUCUUGGCAUACCAGUGUGAAAAGCACGUGUUGGUCAUUCUUACCGAUAUGUCCUCGUACGCUGAAGCUUUGCGUGAAGUAUCGGCAGCCCGUGAAGAAGUGCCCGGUCGUCGUGGUUUCCCCGGUUACAUGUACACUGAUUUGGCUACCAUCUAUGAGCGUGCCGGGCGUGUUGAGGGUCGUAAUGGUUCCAUCACACAAAUUCCCAUUCUCACUAUGCCUAACGAUGAUAUUACCCAUCCAAUUCCUGAUUUGACUGGAUACAUUACUGAGGGCCAAAUUUACGUCGAUCGUCAAUUGCAGAACAGACAAAUCUAUCCACCAGUCAAUGUGUUGCCAUCGCUGUCACGUUUGAUGAAAUCUGCCAUUGGUGAGGGCAUGACUCGUAAAGAUCAUUCUGACGUCUCCAAUCAACUGUACGCUUGUUACGCCAUCGGCAAGGAUGUGCAAGCCAUGAAGGCUGUCGUCGGUGAAGAGGCGUUGACACCUGAUGACUUGCUGUACUUGGAGUUCUUGACUAAAUUCGAAAAGAAUUUCAUCUCACAAGGUAAUUACGAAAACCGCACCGUCUUCGAAUCGUUGGACAUUGGCUGGCAGCUGCUGCGUAUCUUCCCCAAGGAGAUGCUUAAACGUAUUCCAGCUUCGAUCCUCGCUGAAUUCUACCCCAGAGACUCGCGUCAUUAAAUUUAUUACAAAACUUGUUGCUUUGCUUUUUGUUUUAUUGGUUUUACUUAUAAGCUGCAGUUUUAAUUCAAUGCGCCAUCAACAUACAUAUAUUCAACAUUUUUUGUUUGUAUAAUAAGCGCGUUGGAAAGUCGUUAAGGUCCUAUCAAAUAUACUAAAUAUUUAAUUGCCAGUUCAUCGAAAAACCGCGGUAGUAAGUUUAAUUGUAAAAUGGGAUAAAAAUACAUCUGCUUUUAACUGCAACUGAAACUAAUUAAUCAUAGCUGGGCGAACAUAGUUAGCAAAAUAGGAAACAGAAAAAUAAAAAUGUAAUAAGACGUGUUUGAUGAUUAAUACGUCCGCUAUGUGUGGCGUUACAAUAUUUUAUUAUAGUUUAUGAAAGUAUAAAUGUGUUAGAUAAAUUUUAUGCACUUUUUGAACGUAAUUGAACAUUAAAUUCAAGCAAAACUCAAAAUCAUGUAAAGCAUAAACAAACCGAUAACACUCACAGUAACAAUAAUGUAAAUAAUUAAAUGUUUAGGAAGGAAAUCAACUAUUGUUAACGCAACUAGUACGUGUUCUUUCGUGCUUCAUAUUCAUUUUGUGUAAAAUUUUGUAAAUUAUAUCAGUGUUUCCGCUAUUAUUCUACAUGUCGUCUACUACAAGAAAAUCAUUGUUUGAUUUAAUAAAAAAGAAAAAGAAAAUUUCAGUGAAGUAUUUAGAAGGCAUAGAUUUCACAGAAUUCUAUAAACCCCAGCCCAUACAACCACCACCUCUACCAACAGUUGGAGUUGAUGUAUCGUUAGAUUGUUUUCGCCGUUUUUUAGGUUUUAAGUUUGAAAUCCCAGCUUAUAAGCCAAGUUGCAAACAUUACAUGCACAACACACACACACAUACAUAUAGAGCAUUCCAACUUAAAUUUAUUUUUAAUUAAAGAAUAAAAAUGUUUUAUUCAUGCAUGUUUGUUGCUACAAGUAUUAACCUCACCUCUCUGUUUUAAACCGCCUCACACGCACACAAACACAAGCCUUAGGCAUGUACAGCACUUUAAGCCUUUUCAAAAAAUUGGCAAACUCAGUGUCAAAAAUCAACCGCUGGCGUUAUUAGCCAGCAACAAUUCAGCCCAAGUCAGACCGUAAACCAGUCGAUUCACUUUACACCUUGUUUUCUCUUGUUUGAAGUUUUCUGCUAAUCAUAAAUUAUUUAUAUACAUACACAAAAUACAACUUGUGUAUUUUCUUUGUGCAAAUUGUAAAAGUUACUGAAACUAACCAAAAGUAAAUGAUAAUUACAAAUAACAAUAAUACUUAAUAAUGUUUGUUGUAAACAAUAAAGUAAUUAAAAGAAGGGCAAAAAAUUGUAGAAAAAACUAUUGAAUAUAAACUAAAUACAAUUUAUGUAUGUAUAAAAGAAAUUUUUGAAACUAUAUAUAUCAACUACAAGAAUAAAGUGGGAGAAAAAUGUAUUACUCUGUUAAA